ACCACCACCUGUGUGACGGCACAGGAGUGGAGAGAAGCUCCGUGUCACAGUCGCUGAGCUGCCGCUGCUGCUGUUGUUGCUGUCGCGGAGUGUGUAGUUGUCCGUUUUUUUAAAAGAGAGUGUGUGUGAAUCCGGAGCUCAAGGAAACGUACGUGUUUUCACCUCUGUGGACUUUGACUCAGGUUUCUUCAGUCCAUGCACGGUGAAGGAGACCGUCUGCCUGUUUGUGCGGCCACGCGGGGUGUGCCCGUGCGUUUGUAGGUUUACGUGCGAGUGUGUUUGCAUGUUGUGUAUACACACGCUCGACAGAGAUGCAGGGAGCCCAGUCCCCAGCACUGCGACUCGUGCUGCUAAGCUGCUGCGUGUGUGUGGCAGCCGGCUACCCGUUCAAAACACCACAGGACCUGGAUGUGACUCCACGCAUCACCGUGUUUAGCAGUGGUCUCCAGGGCUGCAGGCGUUUCCAGUCCUCUGCCGUGAACUACAGCACCAUGCUGCUGGAGGCUGACAGUGAGCAUCUCUAUGUCGGUGCCCGGGGAGUUGUAUACCGUCUCAAUGCCUCUGACAUCUCAGCCGACUCUGCUCUCACUAUGGAGUGGGAGGCCUCUCCUGAACAAAAACAGCAGUGUCUACUUAAGGGAAAAGACAAUGAGACCGAGUGUUUCAAUCACAUCCGCUUCCUUCAGAGGUUCAACUCGACUCAUCUCUACGUGUGUGGGACCUACGCCUUCAAACCACUCUGUGCAUAUAUAAAUGAGAAGAGGUUUGUGAUGUCGUCUCCGCCUGAGGAGGGCAAAGACAAAUGUCCCUAUGGCCCAACAACAGGCUACACUGCCCUCAUCAUCGACCAGCAGAUGUAUUCAGCAUCCCAGUAUGAGUUCAGGAGUUUUCCGGAUAUUCGCCGCAACUCUCCGGCUCCUACGCUGAAGACAGAAGAUGCGCCAACGCGCUGGCUUAAUGAGGCAGACUUUGUGGGAUCUGCACUUGUGAGGGAAAGUUUGAGCAGCAGCAUUGGCGACGACGAUAAGAUCUACUUCUUCUUCACCGAGCGGAGCCCGGAGCAAACGACCACCUACAGCCACAGCAGAGUGGCACGAGUGGCUCGCGUUUGUAAGGGCGACAGAGGAGGCCGUCUAACUCUCCAGAAGCGGUGGACGUCCUUCCUUAAGACCAGACUGAUGUGUUCCCUGCCGGAGUACGACUUUCACUUCAACGUGCUGCGGAGCGUGUUCGUCACGCCUGGGCAAACACCACAGGACACACUCUUCUACGGCAUCUUCGGCCUGGAGUGGAAAAACGUGAAGGCGUCUGCUGUGUGUCGGUUCUCUCUGUCUGAAGUCCAAGAGGCUUUUCAAGGACCCUACAUGGAGAACCAGGAUUCAGGCUCCAACUGGAAGGAAUACACUGGAAAGAUCCCUGACCCACGACCUGGGACGUGCAUGACCGACGCUCUGAGGGCCAGGGCCAUAAAUGAUUCCACCUCGCUGCCCGAUGACAUGCUGAACUUCGUCAGAAGACAUCCUCUGAUGUUUCAGCAGGUCCAGCCGUCAGACAGGCGCCCCCUCUUGUUCAGGAGGACCACGCACUACACGCACAUGGCCGUGCACACGAUCCAAGGCGUGGACGGACAAGCGAACCAUGUGUUAUACAUGGGCACUGAUGAAGGAUGGUUGCACAAGGCCGUAGAAGUCAAAGGUCAACUGCACAUUAUCGAGGAGCUCCAACUAUUCGAGGAACCACAGCCUGUUAACAAUCUACUGAUAUCUGUUGAACAGAUGAGUGUGUACGUGGGCUCUCCAUCAGGCGUGGUGCAGCUGCCGCUCUCUGACUGCCGCAGGUACGUUUCCUGUUAUGACUGCAUCUUUGCCAGAGACCCUCACUGUGCCUGGAACGGAGCCCACUGCGUGGACAUAAUGACACAAGCAGACAGGUCCACUUUAAGACAGGACAUUCAGCAUGGCAGCAGUGGAUGUGAGAACGUACAAGAUGACGUCGUGCAGCGGAGCCGCUCUGUGAGGGUGGGCGACGACGUGCUGCUGCAGUGUGAGCUCAGCUCCAACCUGGCGACUCCUCUCUGGACUCUCGAUGGCAGCGAGCUGCAUGGCUACGGUCUCAACUCGGGUUUUCGAACUGGCACAGACGGACUGUUGAUCAUUGAGGCGCGGCAGGACCAGAGCGGGCUGUACACCUGCUACGCUGUUGAGAACAACGUCAGGGUCGCUGUAGUUACCUACAACGUCACCAUCAACCCCAACCUGCCCCCGCCACCACGGGUUGAGCCAACUGAAGACCCUCACCACGUCUUCACCACCCCGCCAGAACAUCCACCGCUGACAGAACAUCCGUCUUCGGAGAAGCCCUUCCCGCCAGCUCCAGCUCCUCUCCUCCCCCACUCAAAGCUGUUCUCCCCCAGGAACAUGGAGGCCAUGUACUUGUCCCUCAUCACCAUCCUCACAGGACUGUGUGUGGUCCUCACCGUCGUCCUCCUCUAUGUGGGAUUCUGCCUGCGCGUGGGCAACAGAGGGAAGUACUCGUUACGUGCAGCGACGUCAGCCUACCCGAGCAGCAAGAGGCACAACAAGAACAGGAAACAGCUCAGAAGCUCCUCCCACAUGGAGCUGAAGACAAUCUCAAACCACUGUAACGGCAAAAGCAUUUGCAACGGCGAUUCAAAGCAUCAUAACGGCAACAUCGAGGACGGAGGUUUCCUCCAGAUUGUCCCUGGCGAGGGUCACCCAUCGCCUAAUAAGGGGCCACCUCCCCCCGCACCUCCUCUCCCUCCCACGCCGCAACAUCCGUCUCCAGAGUGCGACUUCCCCAACGGACUGUCGGCCACGCUGCCCAGCGUCCUGCGGAGGAUGAACGGGAACAGUUAUGUGCUGCUGAGGCAGAGUGACUCUGAGAACACUUCACCGGUCUGUUACUCCUUUGCCGAGGAGCUCAAUAAGAUCUUAGAGAAGAGGAAACACACGCAGCUGCUGCCCAGGCCGGACGAGAGCUCGGUGUAGGUUACAUAUAGCGCCCCACUGUGGUGGGAGGACCGAUGAGUUUCAAGUGCCUGUCACAUGCUUGGUUAUUGCUGUGGACUAAAGCAAUAACAGUCUUAUUUACAUUUUUACAAGUCCACAUUCAGACAUUGUUUUUUUUUUUUUUUUUACGUCAGGGCUGUUUGACAACUUUACUUCUCAAAUUUUUCAAAUUUCCCAAUGAAGGAUUGAGCAUGAAGUGGAAAAAAGUGUGAUCUACCUCACUUGAACACUGCUCAGAAGGACACAAUCCGUCAGUUACACGCACGACUGCGAUCCACAGAGCUCCGAUACACAAACUUUAAAGAGGAGCAGAGCCCUGUGGGAACAUAAAUACAUGUGAGGACUGUGUGCUGUGUGGUGGCCAUAUUUGGCUCAGUUCACACUGAAGGGCAGCUAGCCAAAGUCUGCACUGGCGAGUGCACAGAUGGCCUUUGGAUUUUUUUUUAAAAACAGCAAAUUCACAGGAUUUUGAACGCCGAAAGAUGGUUUUUGUGAAUUGAGGGACUUAUGGUGCACGAGUCAGUGUUUCUAAUUUUAUACAAACAGAAUAAUAUAUGGUAAAAAAAAAAACCUGGUGAACUAAUCAUGAUUUAAUAUUAAUGUUAAAUAACAACAGUCAAACAAUCCCUGAUAUGUGGAAUUAAAACUGUACCAUUCCAGUACCGCAACUGACAAUUAAUUGGUAAUAAGAUAUUUAGCAGGUUGAUGUUGUCACUCCUUUUAAAAAUACUCACAACCACAAUAAACAAUAAUAAUGUACUUUAUAACAGCUGAGACUCUCAGUCCGUCGUAAAUAGUUGAAAUAGCUUUUGAAACCUUGUCUGCUACACAUUGGAAAUAAAUUCACACAACCAUUAGAGGUCUUUAUUGGAUUCAUACACUGUAGUAUUCAUAAAAUAUUAAUGCCUAAACAAGAAAAAUCCUCUUACUUUACCUAUACAUUAUUAAAGACAUAUUAAAUGAUGAUUAUUUCACCAAGUGUUGAUAAGAAACCUGAUGAAAACAUGACAGUAUUAUUAAUAUUUUUAAUGCACUUUAACGAUUAAUUUUAACACAUUUCGGGCGAAAGUUUUCCGACACAGUUUUUGAACGUGACACUACAAACCGUCGGGAAACCCAGCAGAGCUUUUUGAGUGGUUGUAUCUGCAGCAGUGGGGGGGGGCGGGUGUGACCAGGGCCACAACACUGAGACUGGAUCCACUGCAGAGAGACAUGCUGCAUGAGACCGCAGCGCUGAGGGACUGACUGUGGAGCACAGGAGCACACAUCCUAAGAUCUGAUGAGUUGCUGGUCAGUUGCAUCUCUCUUCACCUCAUUGCCGUGGAUACCAUCGCCCGCCCAGCGUCACCUGGUCAGACUCUGUUUGCAAAGAUAUUUUUUUUAAUGAGAGGUGAAACUUAAUUGUUAGUGGACAGCAACGUCAGAAGAGAACAAGCAGCGGCUGGGAUAAGACUCUCUGCUUCCCCACAGCUGGAAUGAUAAUUGUUGGCUGAGCAGACAGCGGAUCUUUGUGCACAGACGACUGACGUGUCCUUGCCUUGAUGCAAACUCGUCAGACCGAACUUGACGUGUAAUGACCUUUUUGUCACACUUGCUGCAUGAAUUAUGUCUCAACGCGGCCCUUUGUUGUUUGUGUCAAGGAAACAACAAGGACCUUCCACCAUUAUACGAAUAAGAAUUGCCAAGGCCAAUGAUUAAAAAUAGCUUUGUGAGCCCAUUUUAAUGCAGAACCAGAAAAAAACGCAAGGUGUAUUUAUUUUGUUUAUUUAGUUUUUUGGACAUUAUGGUUAUUGUUGCUAUUUCUGUGCCACUUGUAUAAUACACGCAUCUGUUUAAUAGGAAGGUCGCAGUGUCUUCUCACCACAUGUGAUUAAUAGAGGCAUGGUAGCCCAAAGCAUGCAGAGCACCAGCAACACUGAAUUUAACACUUGUAACCGACUAAUUGAACUGUUCAUUAUGACUCAUGGAUGAGGUGUCACUCAGCUUCUCUGUCACUGCAACAUCCGCAUAUUUGUUUUGAUCUAUAUUUGCAUGUUACACCACGUUUGUACCCUCGGACAAUUCAAUUAUUACACUUAAAGGUUCAAUAUGCAGUAGUUGAGCACCACUAACUAGUCAUCGCGGUUGAUCACACGUGUCAGACUGUGAUCAGGCAGCUAAGCCCAGUGAGCUAUCAUAGCUAUUCUAGGCAGUCGCCAAUGAAUACAGAUGUUAAAAUAACUUAUGCAUCAGUACGAGUCCAGCAGAAGCUCGGAGUCUUUUCUGAGCCCUUUCUCGGCUCGUUGAGCUCAGCAUUGUGGAAAUGCCAGACCAGUUUUAGCCAUGGUUUUAUCUCUUACUUGGCUGAAGUUUUUAUAAUCAAAGAACAAACUUUCUUUGGAGGUCAAUCCAGAGAGUCACCUUCGGUUUAGCUGUGUUUCCAUUGAUCCCAGGAACGAGAUACUUUCUGUGGAACUAUGUGCACAUUCACCUCCGGAAGAAAGAACUAAACCGCUUAUCCACUACAUGGUCCCGGCACGGCACGGCUCAACUCUUCCAUUACAAUGUAGUACCUCCUCAAUGUGGGCGGGGUCAUCACAGCACGGCUGCAUGAAACUGCUGUGACUUUGUUUUAUACGCGACACACACAAACAAAUGACUUGUAAAGCAGUUGUUUUCGGUGUGACUGAAUCAUUACAAUCGGUUAAUUAAAAAGAUUAGUUUAGUGAGAUUUUAUUAGAGAUAUUAGAAUUAGAGAUUAAUGCAGGUUUUUAACUGAUCUACAGUUCGACAUUGUUCGGUUUGAUUCUUGUGUUGGACGUCGUGCUCAUGACUGGUGACGUCACGCAUAGUAUCGACUCAGCUCGCUUGGAACCUCGUCAGAGCAGGUACUAAAAGAAGUACCAGGUACCAUCGCUAAUGGAAAAGCAAGCCGUGCUGAGUCGAGUCGUGCCGGAACCAUGUAGUGGAAAAGUGGCGUUACUUGGCUGAAGCUUUUAUAGCCAAUGAACAAACUUUCUUUGGAGGUUAGAUGUGGUUUCCACUGAUACCAGGAACAAGAGGCUUUCUGUGGAACUAUGUGCACUCACUACCUCAGGAAGAAAGAAAUAAGUACUGGAGCGUUUUGUUUGUUCUCAACAUUUCAAUGUGAUAUCGCAGUGACAAUGUUUGUGGUGACUUUUCAUAAUGAAAGUGUUUUGUUACAAAACUUGCAAAAUUAAUAUGUAAAUUAAAAGAAAUUGAGAAAUUACUAAUUAUAAUUUAUUGACGUGAAGUGGUGGAGCCGCAUAAAACCAUUUGAAGGGCUGCAUUUGGCCCACAGACCGCGUGUUUGAGACCUCUGAGCUGCAGCAUUAAAAUCAAAAUCAUAUCAACACACAGAGAAGGAGUGAGAUGAAACUCUCUGGUCAAGACUCUACAAUACAUAUUUAUCUAAGUAACAUUUGUUUUCCUGGUUUUCUUGUGAUGCAGAAUGUUGCAUAUUGCACCUUUAACUAACACAAAGAAGAAGAACAGGGCAGUUGUGACUUUCAAAUUAAACUUUGUUCUUCAACCUC